UUUUAGGAAAUGAACGACUGUUGCCUUUCACGAUUUGAGAUGCGAGUUGCAUAGAGCAAAUAGCAAUCAGCUAUUAACAAAUCCUGUGUAAUUGUUCAGAUCGCAAUUUCUCCUCUGUUCUCAAAUCUCGGUGGUUCAAAGUCCUAGCAUGUGCAGGAAGAGGUAAAAUAGGCAGGGAAAGGGCGCAUUUUAAUGAGUCCCCUGUCGUCGGAGGAGGAGCUUUGAAGUUGAAGAUUGUAAACGUUGCUUCAGGUUGUCACUCUCUGUGUUGUGGUCCUAACACAAACAACUAUCGAUCCUUUCUCUCCCAAUCUCGGUGGCUCUUCAUUUCCCGAGCUUUGAAGAUCCCUCUCUCUCACUUUCAUCCACCUCUGCGUUUCCGAUCUAAAACCAGAGAGGAAUACAAUCUUCGUUAGUUUUGCAAGAAAAUUAGCUGAGUGAUCUAAAGUUGAUGGCUGCUCCACCGGCAAGGGCUCGUGCGGAUUACGAUUACCUCAUUAAGCUUCUUUUGAUUGGCGACAGUGGUGUUGGAAAGAGUUGCCUCCUUCUGCGUUUUUCAGAUGGUUCUUUCACUACUAGUUUUAUCACCACAAUAGGCAUUGAUUUCAAGAUUCGAACCAUAGAGCUUGAUGGCAAACGGAUCAAGCUCCAAAUUUGGGAUACUGCAGGUCAAGAGCGGUUUCGAACAAUUACAACUGCUUACUAUCGCGGGGCUAUGGGCAUAUUGCUAGUCUACGAUGUUACUGACGAAUCAUCAUUUAGCAAUAUCAGGAAUUGGAUUCGCAACAUUGAACAACAUGCUUCAGAUAACGUUAACAAAAUAUUGGUUGGGAACAAAGCUGACAUGGACGAAAGCAAAAGGGUUGUGCCAAUGUCCAAAGGCCAAGCACUGGCUGAUGAGUAUGGGAUUCAGUUCUUUGAAACAAGCGCAAAGACAAACCUAAAUGUGGAAGAAGUUUUCUUCUCCAUAGCAAGAGAAAUAAAGCAAAGGGUAGCUGAUACCGACUCUAGAUCAGAGCCAACUACAAUUAGGAUCAAUCAAGAUCAGGCGGCAGGGUCUGGGCAAGCUGCACAAAAAUCAGCUUGUUGUGGUUGAAUGUUCCAUGAGUUCUAAAAUGGGGUCAACGCCUUGCCCAUGAACCAGGAGGAAUGAUGGAAAUACUACUUGCCUGAUGACUUGUGGUUUAUAUUUUAACGUUGUUAUUCUUUCCAGCAUUUACUUGUGAAAGAAAAAUCAGAUGUUAAUCCAAAGCUACACGCCAUUUUUUAUUUUACGUGAAUGCAUAUCCAUCCACCUUUAUGUAAACAUGGGCAAAGCAAUUGGGUCCAGUCUUUUAAUUACAAAGAGGCAAGCUGAAACAGCUUGAAAGUAAGGAUUAAACCCACAUCUCCCACAAAUGGGGCUAUUUGUGAAUUUCAAUGUAUGUUUAGGGUGGCGUGCUUUUAGCGAAAGAGACAAGCAUGUUACCGAGUUA